AUGACGACGUAUUAUAUCAAGACGACCUACUCGACUGUGUCUGUUCGCUUCGUAUGUACGUUUUCCGCACUCGGUUGCAGCAUUGUCAACUUGUGCCUAUUACCAAUGUCUACCUGUUUGUCCUUGACAUCGCGAUUUUCUAAAGUAUAA